AUGGCCAGCUAUCAGCAGGUGCAGAGUAUUGGAGAGCCCACGCCGCUGGGUCCCGCCGCCGCGCGACGCUGGGAGGCGAUGGAUGCAGCACAAGAGGCCCUGAAACUGCACCGCGCUGAGGUGGACGGAGAGCAGAGCGAGGCACAGCCCCGCUCCUCCGACGUUUGUUUGCGGCGCUUUCCCGACCUCCGCCGCGCCGUCCUCGCGCGCCGCUCUGCGCUGCGCUUCGCCGGCGACGAGGCGCUGGGCAAGGCGGCCUUCGCGCGUGUGCUGGCUGCAGCCUGCGAGUGCAGCGUGGAGCCACGGGUGGUGAGAACUGGCCGAAGGAUGAAAGUCCACUUGCUGAUGAUGAUACAUCGUGUAGAAGGCUUCGAGCCCGGGCUCUAUUUGCUGGUGCGUGGCCAGCUGGAUGACUUCUCCGACAUUUCAGGAGCCUCUUAG